GAAGCGCACCUGGGGCUGCGCGGGGCGCGACCACGGGGGCAACUGGACCCGAGGAGGCGGCAGGUGAGGGGCAUCGGAGCUUGCCAAGCGCUCCGGAGUCCACGCAGGACUGAGCGCCGCGGCCGAGCGGGUCGCGGGCCUGGGAAGAACACGAACGUCUCGCUUCAUCGUCGGUCUGCGGCUUUCCCGGCUCUGGACUACACUUCCCAUCGUCCCCCGCGGCGCGCGCCCUGCUUGUGCGCCCUGUCGGCGUCAGGGCUCAUAGCCCGGGUCCAUAGACCCCUUAGCUCUGCCAUCUCAGGACUCUGCCCUUCCCUAAGAGAGAAACCAGGAGGAGGACCCAUCGACCCAUGAAAUUUUGACAGUCAUGUCCCUUGGUUCAGACUUGUUCAGGGAUGUGGCCGUAGUCUUCUCCCAAGAAGAAUGGGAACAGCUGGCGCCUGCUCAGAGGGAUUUGUACAGAGAUGUGAUGUUGGAGAUCUAUAGCAACCUGGUCUCACUGGGUUUUGCCAUUUCCAAACCUGAUGUGAUCUCCUUCCUGGAACAAGGCAGAGAGCCCUGGAUGGUGGAGAAAAUAGCGACAGGAGGCCAGUGCCCAGAUCAGGUAUCCCAAUGGGAGAAAAUGGAAAAAUUUAUAAACAAAGAUCCUGAGAACCCCAGUUUCCAAGAUGACUGGGAAUGUGAAGGCACAUUUGAAACAUAUCACAGAAAUGAGGAUGGAAGUUCCAGUCAAGUCAUAAUCACUCAUGAAGAAAUACCUGCUUUGACACAGCAAACAUCCCAUAACCUGCUUCAUAACAUUCCACCUGGAAGUAGACCCUAUGUGUGUAAUGAAUGUAGAAAAGGCUUUUGGCAGAAGAAAUGUCUUCUUAGUCAUCAGAAAAUUCACACUGGUGAGAAAUCUUAUGAAUGUCAGCAAUGUGGGAAGGCUUUCCAUCGCCGUUCCUAUCUUCCUCAACAUCAGAGAACUCAUAGUGGGGAAAGACCCUAUGAAUGUACAGAAUGUGGAAAGGCCUUUGGUUCUGUCUCACUCUUUACCAGACAUCAGAGAAUUCAUACUGGUGAGAAACCCUAUGAAUGUAAGGAUUGUGGAAAAACCUUUGUUCGGCUCUCACAACUUAACGUACAUCACAGAACUCAUACUGGUGAAAAACCCUAUCAAUGUACUGAAUGUGGAAAAGCUUUCAGUUACUUAUCACUGAUUAUUAAACAUCAGAGAAUUCAUACUGGAGAAAAGCCCUAUGUCUGUAAGGAAUGUGGAAAGGCCUUUAGAGGUAUCACCCAACUUAAUGAACAUCAAAGAACCCAUACUGGUGAGAAGCCAUAUAAAUGUAAUGAAUGUGGAAAGGCCUUUGGCCAUCGUUCAUAUCUUCCUCAACAUCAGAGGAUCCAUACUGGUAAGAAACCUUACAAAUGUAAGGUUUGUGGGAAAGCCUUUAGGCAGGGCUCACAGCUUAACCACCACCAAAGAAUUCAUACUGGUGAGAAACCCUAUAAAUGUAAUGAAUGUGGGAAGGCAUUUAGGCAGGGCUCACAGCUUAAACAACACCAGAUAAUUCACACCGGUGAGAAGCCUUAUGAAUGCAAGGAAUGUGGGAAAGCCUUUAGUCAGUGCUCACAACUUACUCGACAUAAGAAAAUUCAUUCCUAAUGUAUGUAAGAAAUGUGGGAAGGCCUUCGGGCACUCUCCUCUUCCUCAACUUUAAGGAAUUCAUGCUAUGGAAAAUCCCCAUAAAUAAGUGAAGCAAAGACUUCACUGGUCUCAUCCCUCAAGGAACAUCAGGUAAUUAUGUACAACCUUGUGAAAUGUGGAAACGCUUUUUGGUUCAACUCAUGUUACAUUCAUCAGCAGAUUCAUCACCAUCACAUUCAACAUUAAAGAUCAUAUUAAUAUGAUAAUGUAGCAAAGCUUCCCAACACUACCUAUCAAUCAUUAGUAAUUGGAAAAUUUAUGCUGGCUAGCAACCAUUAAAGUAGAGAAAUUUUGGAAACCCUUUAGUUUAAGCUAAUUCUAACUUACAUAAAGAAAGCAAAAGAGAAAGUAAUCCUGUGAAUGUCAGGUAUGUGGGAAGUUCUUUAGCCAUAAGUCUCUUAUGGCUAAAGAAAAUUCAUAUUUGAAGAAUAUAAGUUAAAAAAAAUCCCCAUUCAUCAUUUACUAUGCAUCAGAAAAUACACAGUGAAUAAAACACCACACAUUUAAAAACAACAGUUAAACAUUUAACUAUCAAGUUGAGGAAGGUGUGGAGAAGUUUGUAACCAAUCAUAUAGGGCUAUAGCUCAGGUAAAAAUGUAAUAAGUUAGACAUUAACAAAAUAUUUAUGUUACAUACUACCUAAUAUUUUCUCCUUCAGUGAAACAAUGAGAGCAAGAUGAAGUGAAUGAGCAGUAUAAAACAAAACCCGUGGGAUGUGACCAUAUCUAUACUCAAAGUUACUACUUUAAAUGCAUUUAUAGAUAAGAAAACUACAAACAAUGUAAAUAAUAAGCAAACCAGAGACCUCGAGAAGGUAGAAAAUGAACAUAACUCACCAAAAGACAGAAUUAAGAAAAAAAAUUAAUUGAAAUUUAAACAGAGAAGUAGGUUUUAUUAACCUUGAAGCCUUUUCUUUAAAAAGAAAAUAUAAGCACUUAUAAAUUUCGUAAAAGUAUGCUACAGUAUUGUUAAAAACGAGGAUGUAAACAAGCAAACAAAAAAAAAGAGGAUGUAAUAACACACAUAAAGAGUAUUCAAAAAUAAGGUUGAAUGCUUUACAUUUUUGAUACCAAUAAAUUUCAAAUGUAUAUAUACUUCACUUCCUAUAAAGAAAAACCUAAGUUUUCCAGAGUUGACUGAAUAUUAGAAAAGGACAGAUUUUAUAGGGAAUUCACUUAAGUGGUUUUUUUUAAACUGUAGUAUCAUCAGUUGUUAAGAGCAAAGAUUUACCAAACUAUAAGUGUAUAGAAAAUAUCUAUGAUACAAAUUUCCAAGUUUGAAAACAUGCAGAUUUUAUCAGUUCCUUUUCUGAAUCUUGCAUAAUUUCAAUAAUAUAAACAGAAACCAAGAUUUGCAGAUGUCCUCAACCUCCCAAUUACAAAAAAAAUGUUGAGUACCUAUGAGAGCCAGGUACUUUUCUACAUGUUAAUUGUGAAUUUAAAUUUAAAAAGUCAUAAGAACUAGCAUAUUAAUACAUCUUAGUUUUUUCUCUUUAAAAUGGAAAUAUUUUUAAACCAGUAAUAUAUUCAUUAGUAUUUUUUAAACUAGAAGAUUACUUUUCAGGAAUUUAGAAGAACGUAUCUAUUUCCAAGUUUGAUUAUCCUUCCACAGUUUACACAGAUUAACUAAAAGGAAAAGAUUUAAAAAUUACUUGAUCCUUGCAUUGAAGAAUGGUAUGAUGACCUAGGUAGAAUCAGAAUGUGAUACUUAAUUAUUAACCACAAAAAUAAGAACAACUUAGAAUCACCUGGACAUAUGCAUUUUCUUUAGAAAAUGUGGAAUGUCUUCUUUUAUUCAGCCUUCUUUAAAAUGGAAAUUUAAAAAAAUGAAUAGAAAGCUACAUUUCUCAAUUUUUACAUGACUUAUACAAAUGUUUGUAAAGGCUGUCCUUGGAAGAGAAUUGAAGAAAACUUUAGCUAAGCAAGUUUAACCUAUGUCUCAAGAAGACCAGUUCUAACUAUGUCUUCCUCUAUAUCCAAAUGAAAACAUUACUUUUGAGGUUUCCUUCAGUCAAGUAUAAAAAGGAAGAUUUCAUAAUAUCAGUGUUUUGCUUUAUUUUUAAAGUUUGUAUUUAAGCAUCUCUGAAAUCUUUAAGCAUGAAUCUUGAAAGAACUGCUUGCAGUCCUAAAAUGUAUUAUUUUGUUUUUGUUUUGUAGGAAAUAAUGUUAAUAGUCCUUGAAAUAUAUGCUUCUUAAAUUCCUCUGUUACAUCGUGAACGACAUCAAUAUAAUUUUUCUUCUUUUUGCUUUAGUCUUCCAACCGUAUAUAUUCUGUGAAAAUUUCUAAACAGAGAGAAAGCAAUAUUCUCUAUUUCCAACUUUUGUUAGGUUUUAGGAUAACUGACAAGAUCAGAAUGAAGUCAUUACAGCAAUCAGUUAUUACUGUUUCAGUUAUUCUUGAUUUGUGACAACUGUUCUUCACUAUACCAACAGAAUGUUUAAGUGGCUAUAAUAAAAUCAGUCA